AUGAACUUCUCGAUCGAGUUGAGCUCACUCAUCGCCGUCUUCGCGCUUCUCGUCCACAUCUCAUCGGCCGCUGUCGUGCCGGCAGACUAUUCGCCGUACGCGCGUGACGUCGCCGAGAUGCCGCCGCCGCCGUCGUCGUUCGUCGUCGACGGCGAACCGAUGCCGCCGGUGAAACGCGCGCAAACGUUCGUCCGAUUCGGCAAACGCGCGCAGACCUUCGUGCGGUUCGGCAAACGCGGACAGACGUUCGUGAGAUUCGGAAGAAGCGCUCCGAUCAGUGAAGAAUAA